AUGGAAUUAUUUCCUGCCAUCUUCCUGCCAUCUCCGCCAUCUUCCUGCCAUCUCUGCCAUCUUCCUGCCAUCUUCCUGCCAUCUUCCUGUCAUCUCUGCCAUCUUCCUGUCAUCUUCCGGCCAUCUUCCGGCCAUACUCAACUUCCCUUUUUGCCUACGAUGGCACGGGAGUCAAAGAAGCGCUGCCCUCGCAAACCGCUUACCUGUGAAGAUGCAUGGAGAAAAAUUGCAAAUGUCGGACUUACUAUCAUCAAGACUAAGUCCCUACGGAAUGGAAAAGACGAGCGUGUUGUCGCCCUUACCAUAAAGUCAUUACAUGAAAAACCAACGUCCAAGAAUGAGCGAAGGUUCCACGAUUUUCUAGUUGCUGUGCGCAGUCGAUGUAGCCAGCAUGAUGCCACCGCCAUAUUUAUAGUCAGUGUCGCAAUCGGCAAGGAUAAAAUGAUUGGUAUGAAUAAUUCUCACCGCGACGCGCUGCUUGAUCGACUAGAACAUGAACAGAGCGGACCAAUUCUGAGUUCCCCUACCUUGAGAGAAAUCGCCAAGUCUUGCGGUAUACCGACAGUUAGAAAUAAUGGACAGCAGCCAAUUUUACUCAUACGUAGCAGACCAGAUUCUCAUGGUACGACAUACGAACACGCUGUCUUAGAAGGGAUCACUGCGGUUUUCAGCGAAGAUCUGUGCAACAUUAUCUCUAAGGUACCAACUCCAGUUAAAGGGGAAACCAGUUGGAGGGCGGCCGUGACCACAGCCUUUCCACUUUACGGUGAUGUCAAUUGUCUGAUGAGUCUGGAUAUAUGUUCGUCGGGAAUUGACUAUCUUGCUCUGGAAUUAUUCAACGCCAAAAUCAAUACAACCAGUUCUCUUCGGUAUAUUGUCAUCGAUGACGGACCUACGCUAAUUGUGCCGGUUUCUGAGUCAACUAUUAAAGGUGUUAAGGAGGAGGCUAUUGCUAAGGUCUUUGGUGUUGAGAUACAUAAGGCGAUUAGAGAUAGUCGCGUGCGCAGAAUGGAACUUGAGCAGGGAAAGGAGCUUACAGAGUGUGUCUCAAUGAUUAUGAUGGAACGAGGGGCAAUUGUGAAUUUAUCUCUAGAUCUAGACUGCGGUAUUGAACUCAGCCGCAAGUUAUAUACCUAG